AUGGCGCCGAGAAAGAAGACACCGAACAUGGUUUGGGUGGGUGUGAAAUCGAAACAACCAGCGAAAACGACAACGGAGAAAAAGACAUCAUCAGUGAUGUCUCUCUCAGAUAGUGUCUCAAAACUGCAACUGUCUUCAAAAGUGAACACAUUCUCCGCCUGGUCUCUCCUCCCAGAGGAGCUACUACACAUAAUCUCCGCAAAGCUAGAGGACUGUUACGAUUUUAUUCACGCUCGCUCUGUUUGCCGCCCCUGGAGAUCCAUCUUCCCCUUUCCUUCUUCCCUCCUACGCACACGCUAUUCUCUUCCCUCUUUCGACAAGUUCCCUCGCAAAGGAAGAAAAGGCUUUUGCACCCUCGAGAAGUUUCCUGUCCUCUUCCGUGUCCGUACUCCUCAUCAUGGGUUGCCUUCUGAGUUUUACGUGGGAGGAAUAAGACCAGAUAACUCAGAGGUGGAGUUUCCAUCUCCUGUCCAGUGCUCAGUGAAGAUCCCAAACUCUGCUUCAACUUUUCUGAACAUUGUUGACUGUCAGUGGCGCGGCUAUUCUUCCUCUCAAAGGAGGAAGCGAGUUCGUCGUGCUCAUCGGCCACUCUCAUGA